AUGAGAAGUAUCUAGCAAGCAAAUUAAGGACAAUCACCCAUCGGAAUCAAAGUAUAUUUUUAAUUUGAUGAUCUUAGUAAAUUGAAACUCAAGUAUAAAAAGUAAAAUCAGAACUCAAAAUUGAACAUUCACAAGCAUUAGAACGAACCAUGAAAGAGUCAAAAAUUAAUAAAGAGGCUGCAUAAUAGCUUAGUCAGAGAGUAGAAAAGCUUUAGGAGGAAAAGGAAAAAUAUAAAAAGCAAGCUGAUGAGAUGCUUAAGAAGACAGAAGGGCCAGGUAUCCUACGAUCAUCAAUUCACAGUAGUAAAUCAUUAAAAAUUGAUAAUGACAAACUUAGUCAAGAUUAAAAUAAACAACGAGAAGUACUUACUAUGGAGCUUGAGAAGAAUUAAAAGGAAAAGUUACUUUAAACCGAAAUAGAAAAUCUGA